ACCACAGCAGCUGCCGCUCGUUGUUGUUGUGGAUUUUCCCUGUUCCCCACCCCUUGUCCCUGCAGGAGAGCUGAGGACUGGGAGCUGCCAGGGAUGGGGCUGUGUCUGCCGUGUCUGGGGGGAGCUGCUGACGAUGUGGUGGAGACCCCUGAUCCUGAUCUGAAGAGACGACAACUGGCGGAGGCCGCAGAGAAGAGACAGAUGGAAGCGUCGGCCCGGGGAAUAAAGAACCCGACAUCAGUGGAGCAAAAGAAGAGGAAGAAGGAAGAAGUCGACACCAUGAUGGCCACCUCGGCCCCCGCUGGUGGUGGUGGGGCCGGUGGUGGACUUCGGUGGCAGGUCGGCUAAGGAUCUUCAAGGCGCGGAAGACAGCAGCCCGAUCGCAGACACAAUACAUGGAAACCUUCUGUUGUCUGGCUUUUGCUAUUUGCAUUCGUGGAUCCAGAAGAAGUCUGUGCAGUCACUGGUUCUAGUGCGAUUCUUGCAGUAUUCGGCAUUCGAGGAGAUUUUGCAGAGGGUUCCGGGAUCUAAUAUGUAGUGACUUGCAGUGCCAUUCUUAAUAUUUGCAAAAAAGUCAGUUAAAACAUUUUGUCUUGUGCACCCCCCCCCCCCCCCCCCUCGAACACAUAAUGGGCAGUAUUAUUGACGAGGAUGAUGCAGUCUGUCAACUUACCAGCGAAUGGCAGCACUGAGGCAGGAGGCACAGCGCCUUGUGUCACAGAGGUGUCACCAGCGUGUAAGCAAUUGAUGGGCUGAAUAAGGAUUCACCCUAAAAAUGUCCGCUCCCAAUGCAUCAUGGGAGUUCCUGUAUGAUUCGUUGAUUCGUGUCGUGUCUGGUUGUGGCUGUGCCGGGGAGGGGCUUUCAUAUUUAUCAAAUUGUAUGUUAACGAUUUUAUUUAAGUCAGAUUCAUUAUAUUAAAAUAACCUUUGAUUUAAA